AUGCCGGACCCACACGAAUCGCCGAACGGGCAUUUCAACACCGGCCAGGACACCGACGCCACAACCGUCGCCAGCCGUAUCGGUCCUUCCCUCAGUGUCCUACCAACUGCAACUGCGGCAGCUUUCCUGGUGGCUGCGGGGCUGCGCAAGGAGAAGCCCCGUGGACGCCGUGCACGAGUGGUUCGUCAGUUGGGACCGAGGGCGGCAACAGAGCUGCUCGAGGCUCGACCAAAGACGGAGCCUGAGGCCCACCGAGACGAAGGCCUGCGCACUGCGAAGCCGUGGGAGCUGCUGUCGGGCAUUGCCAAGGAUGCAGCCCGCACCUGGUUCGUGCAGCGCGCAGAGGAUCGUGGCAUUCCAUGGAGGUUCAGCGUUGAGCGCAUGCAGGCCCAGCAAGAGCAACUGGAGGCAACGUACCAGCAGAUCUGCAAUGAGUCUAUCGAGUAUCCGGACUAUUACCAGAAGGCUUUCCACGGCUACGACGGAGGCAACCUCAACUGGGCUGCCGCGCAUGAGCUGGAAGCUGCCACCAAGUCCAUGUGCUUGGGCUAUUACGAUGGAUUAAGCUGGCAAGAGGCUCAAGAAAUCUUCCGUGGCUCUGCACGGCGGUCCAUCGCGGAGUACUGGCAGCUAGGAGAGCGCGGCGAUGAGUCACCGCAGGCGUUGCUGGACGUGGGAUGCUCGGGCGGUUUCUCGACGAAGGAGAUGGCGAUGGCGUUCCCCACUGCGUCUGCGGUGGGGCUCGAUUUGAGCCCCUACUUCUUGUCUGUUGCGAAGCAGAGUUAUCCGGAACUGGGCUUCGUGCACGCCAAUGCUGAAUGCACAGGCUUGCCGGAUGCUUCAUAUGACGUGGUGACGCUGAAUUUCUUACUGCACGAGCUGCCCUUGGAAGCGAGCAGGAACGUCCUGAAGGAAGCCUAUCGACUGUUGAAGCCCGGAGGGGUCCUCGCCGUCUUGGACGUGGAUGCCAAACGCCUGCAAGCGCUCCCUGCUUUUCGGCGCUGGGCGUUUCAAGUCACGGAGCCUUGGUGCAAAGAUGGCGAAUACUUUUCCUUGGACCUUUCCGCCGAACUUAACGCGUUUGGCUUCCUGGACGUCCGUGGCGGAGACAACGAUCCAGUCAAUGCCCUCACACUGGCACGCAAGUCGAUCUGA